GAAUUUUCAAGAUGCCAAAUCCUCGAAGCUGUGGCCUUGCUUUGUGCCACGAGACAGCUGAUGUGGGCCUCAGUUCGCCUCCCCUUGUUGUGGAAAACGGACGGUCCGGGCUCCAUCUGCCCGCUUAUCACGCGAUGGACGAUAAGCGUCGACAGAUAGGUAAUGACGCCUUGGAAGAGGCGGCUCGCUCGGCCUUAUCAGUAGGCGCUGGAAAAUCUUCUGCUCACGUUGUCCUUCUUUCUUGAGUUUGGUGUGGUGAUCUAGAAAAUAAGACAUAAGAGCAAGAACAGCAGGUGCAGAACAGGAGUGGUCGUUAGAGAAGGGACGAUGGCUGGCUUUCCUGGAGUGAAGGUGGCUCCGUUCACGUACGUGUCGCACGUGUUGGCGGUGGCGUCGGCGGCGAUGGUCCUAGUGUGGUGCAUCCACUUCCGCGGCGGCCUCGCCUUCGAGUCCACCAACAAAUCCCUCAUCUUUAACAUUCAUCCAGUUCUUAUGCUGAUUGGUUUUAUUAUUGUUGGGAGUGAAGCUAUAAUGAGCUACAAAACCCUGCCACUGAGUCAUGAAGUGAAUAAAGUUAUCCAUUUGACUCUUCAUGCAAUUGCUCUUGUACUCGGUGCUGUGGGAAUUUAUGCUGCCUUCAAGUUUCACAAUGAAAGCGGAAUAGAUAACCUGUACAGCUUGCAUUCUUGGGUUGGGCUCGGCACCAUCUGUUUAUAUGGCAUUCAGUGGAUUUUUGGGUUCGUGACCUUUUUCUUUCCUGGUGCAUCUCCAACGCUGAGAGGUAAGUCUCUUCCUUGGCACGUACUAUUUGGGCUGUUCGUCUACAUACUAGCCAUAGCCACCGCAGAGCUAGGCUUCUUGGAGAAACUCACUUUUCUGGAGAGCUCAGGCCUGUCCAAAUAUAGCUCAGAGUCCUUCUUGGUAAACUUCACUGCUCUUGUCGUGAUCUUUCUUGGAGCCUCAGUUGUGAUUUCUGCUAUUGCUCCUGCACAUGUUGAUGCUCCACAAGGUUAUUCUUCUAUAUCGGAGAAUUAAUCUCACCAUUGUUGUCACAAACUGUUCUCCCAGUCAGACAUUUGCAUGACACAGUUAUGUUUGUUACAUACGACUACUGUUAGAAGGGAAGACUAGUGGUUUCUUCGCUGUGUAUAGUUGGUUGCCAUGGACAAUAAGAUUCUUGCAAUGAUAAUGUUUCUUUGGUUGCAAUA